GGUCGAUCUUACUUCCAAUUUGCUUUGCUUCCAUUCACAAAGACGGCCAUCGAUUGUCAGAUUAGCAAUUCUGACCUUUCACCAUCUUCUGGAUGUCGUAACACACUACGGUGUCGUUUGUCAUUGCCUCGAAAUUUUCACUUCGCUCAAGACCUGACGGUAACAACUAUCUCCUAGCACUUUCCGUUGCCACCUUCCAAUUUUUCUUGGUAUAGACACACAAAAUCACCUCUAUCCAUCAAUCUCUUCCUUUGAGGUUGCCUUUUACUGCCCUCGCUCAUUUCAACUUAAUCUCAACCCACAUCUUGCUACAAGAUCAAUCUAGCUAUACUAUGUCCUCAAUUCUUAUCAAGCGGUCUGGAUCUGAAAAUUUAGAUGCGCCCCCAGCAAAAAGGUCGCUCAUAAUAAAACUUCCGUUUACACGUAUGAUCCUCGUGGAUGCAGUUUAUAUAUCAGCCAGAUACAACGGUGCUUUGUUUGCUAAGCAUACCCAAGAAGAAUCUCGAAAAGCUCGCAUGACUAUCUUGUCUGCCUUUUCCAACAAAUAUCAAAAAUUGGAUAGGGUGGUUGAAGCUCAAGACUUGGCCAUCGAACAGUCCAAAGCAAUGAUUGCUGCUCUGGACCGGUUAAUUCAAAACUUCGAUACUCUUCCUUGUAGGAGAAUUUGGGAGCUUCUUCCUGGAAGCUCUGUUGAAAUGCUUCCGGGAAGAGCUGUAGAAAUGCUCGCGACCAUUCUACAAUCUUUCAACGCAGUCAAUAGCCAUGAGCAAGACGCGCAGAAACAUAUUAUAAAGAAUGCCGAAAAGACAAGAGUUGUCGCCAAUGCAGCCAAAAUGAUGUUAGCGGAUCGCGAGAAGCGUUAUUUGCUUCAUUACUUCGUUACGCCUAUUGCCUCAAGGGGGUGUGGUGUAGAAAUUGGUAACUAAACUGGUCUUGUAGUAACUCAACGAACCACGCGAACUUGGGCCGCCAAAUUUGCAAUGGAGGAGAUGUUCAGAACCGGUGAAAUUGACCGCUGGUGGGAGGCUGAUAUCGCUAAAGUCGCUGAGGUAAUGGCAGUAGAUAUUGGCUCUCUUUUUCAAGGCCUUCCGGGGGGUCUGUACAAAGUUGGAAGACUUGUAAAAGCACUGUCUAUCUGUUCCUCACUUGAUUUUCUAUAAUAUAAUCAUCUGCGCUCUGCUUAGCAAUAAUCAGAGCACACUGCUAAAAGGUCUUUAGAAUUGACUACUUCGAAGCCAAUCUACACAGUUCAAUAUUCCUACUGCAUUGGCGAUGAAAAUAAUUAUUGCA